UUAUUUAUGUGCUAUCGAUAUUGGGACAAUAUUGAUGAUAAGGAGACCUAUUCGAAGUUCAAGGAUAAGUUCGAGAAGAUGCCUGAAACGUUGGGAGCGAAUUUGGAGGAUCGAUUGAAGGAGAUCGAGAAAGAGCUGAGCGGUCUUGGUAAGGAUGCGUUGGCAAAUAUCAAAGAUGCCUUCGAAAAUCCACAUGAUCAGUCGACAAUCGAACGAGAGCAGAUUGUAGUGGAACGUUCUGAAGCCGACAAGAAACGUGUGAUGAAGCUGACCGCUGAAGAAGCACCACGUGAAUGCGUGGUUUGUUCGAAGAUCGUCUAUCCCGUCGAGCGUAUAUUUGCAAACAAACGUAUCUAUCAUAGCACCUGCUUCAAAUGCUCUAAAUGUGCUAAGAAAUUAACGCCAACAAAUUACAAUUCUCAUGAAGGUCAAUUGCUCUGUAAAGUGCACUAUAUGGAAGUAUUCCAUCCAGAACUCGCCAGAACUAUGGAUCCUAGCACAACAGAAGGUGCGUUAGAAAACAUUGAUGCGAUCUCAAUAAAUGCGAUACGAAUUGUUAUGAAUGGCAGUGCAACCACUGUCGUUUCCAAAACGAUUUCCAAAAGUUGUAUGAAACACUCAUAA